CAAAUCCUAAAUUCCUAAACCCUUCAAUUCCGGUCUCUUAAACCCUAAUUCUUUCCCACCAAUAUACACCGUCGUCAAUUCAUCAACCAUCCUUCUGUCCGUCGUCAAGCAUGGAUUCCAUUCAAAUGGAAUCUCAAAGUGAGUUCAAAAGUUUCAUUGGCAAAAACUAUUAUACUGCACUCGAUCAAUCACUCCAAACGCUUCUGGACUCGGCCCCGAAUUGGAAUUUUGAGAAGCUCUCAAGUCUAACAUCAACUUUUAGCGAAUUGUUGCAAUGUAAAAUAAACCAACCACUUGAAACUGUAUGGGUUUAUUCAGCUUUAGCCUUUCGAGAGCUCAAUUCCUCCAAGAAUGAGCCUUUGAAUCACUUUGCAGCCUUAAAGGACUUGUUUCAGCUCAUAGUUUCUCGUUCAGCUCCUUGCAAUUCUGUGGUAAGCAUUUUAAUGAUGUCACCUGUGAUUUAUCAUGUGCAUAAAUUUGUUGUGGAUUUGAAAGGCUUCGUGUUGAGGUCGAAGAAAGAGAAGAAAUUGAUGAAAGAUAUCAGGGACUUGGUGGAUUCAGUUAUUGGGUUUGUAAGUGUGUUCUCUGAGGGAUUGGAGAACAAUGCGGAUAGCUUGGAGGGUUUGAUUAGGCCAUUGGAGGAUUUAAUUAGUAUCUGGAUUUCGGACGAGAAGGAGCAAAAGGAAGGUGACAGGCUAAAGUUUUUUUUCCCACUUUUAGGGGAUGAGAUAGUGGGAAAGAUGAUAGGUGGAAGUUGUGGAUUGAGUGAGCUGGCUGGUUGUGUGAUUGCUCAGGUGUUCCUUUUAAGGUACUGCUUGGCAUUUCCUGAUGGAAGUUCCCCAAAGGAUUCGCUGAAUGAACUGAGGGAUGGGGUGGUUGGUUCCAUUACGGGGCUUCGCAGUUCAUACUUCUUUGAUGCGCUGCUAAGGUUGCUUCUAGGACCAUCUUUGCCUGUUGCCUCUCUUUUGAGUUCUGAUGAUGAAAUUAGAUUCAGGAAGGUCCUUUAUGAUGCUGUCAUUUUGGUUGAAUACUCUUUUCUUAAUCCUGAGAGAAUGGUUCAUCUGCCCUUCAAGCAUGUGAAAAGUACUGCCCUGGGAAGGCUGAUAGUUGUCCAUGAAGCUGUGGAGUUCUUCAGAAAACAAGGAGAACAGUCAAAAGCACUUUCUUGUUUAAAUGCCUUCUCUGCUUCAAGAUUGCAAUCUCAGAUAAUACGUUGUGUCAAAAGUCAAAUUGGUAUCAGAGGUGAUGCAAAUGAACCAAACGAAGUGUCACCAAAAGCACUUUUAAGAUGGAUCCUUAAUAUAGAGAAUCGAGGGAUGCAAGUAUUUGACAAUGACAUGGGAACUUAUCGUGCCAAAAUGGUUCUUGAUCAUUCAGAAGAUAAUUCCAAACUGGGGGCAUACAAGGAGAAGAACUCUGAUACAGAUCUUCUCUUUUACAUUGAUAACAAGGGUGAAGACAAAGAUGAAGGUGAGACAGAUGAAAAGAUGGCUGAAGCCGUAAGCGCCUCUUUUGUGACUGCUGCUCAUUCGCUACAGUCAGCUGAUCGUGGAGGAAAGAAGCGUAAAUCUGGAAAGGUUGAAAAGAAAGGUCGGUUGAAGUUUCGCAAGUACAAACUCUAUGAAGAUUCUGAUCUGCUUGGGGAGAAGUCCACAUUUGUUGAUACCAAUAAUUUGAAUAGCACAAGUGAUGUUGAGAAUCCAAGUUCUGAUGAAGAUGAUUAGUUGUAUCAGAAUACAUUUUCAAACAUAGCAAUGGGAGUACAUGCACUCUCCCAAGUUAGAAAGGGUGCAGUUUUUGUUGUCUCAAAUGAAUAUUCAUUGAAGCUGCAUCAUUUGGACAGAAACGACAAGUAUAUUGAAAGUUCAUAUUGUUGUAAUGGUGACAUAGAGUUGGUGCUGUAGGUGAAAUCUGGAGUAACAUUCAAAUGGGUCAAUCAAAUGUGAAACUUAUUUUUUUCCCUUUUAUAUCUCUUAGUAGUCAUGUCUUAUAAUGUUCAACAAUUGCUUUCGUUCGUCACUCUCUUAUGUUAGCAACCGAGGUAAAGAUGUAUGUAGUAUGUACAAGUAGCAUUUAUCGUGUGUUACAGGGGAUCUUUUGCCAUUGCCCUAUUAUCACCAACGUUCCUUGCAUGAGCACUUCCCAUUUCUAAAAUGGUGGAAUCUACGAAUGUCACGGAUAACAAUCUCCUUCUGAGUAAUGCUUGAAACACCCUUCAUGAACUCAUGGCAGUCUCCGCAGAUUCUUAGAUUCUUAAAAAUUCUAAUUCGUCCACCAGGAACAUUAUUUAUAAGCGCAAAGGACAAAGCUAGCCUCUCACUGUGAUGAAAGAGAUUUUCUUUCUUCUCUGCGUCUGAUACAUUUUGAAGCGCAUGAUUUACGUUUGGAACAUAGCCCGUCAAACAUAGUUCUUGAUGCAGGUUUCCCAGCUUUUGAUAAAUUUCACUUGACCUUGGAUGUGAAGCAUCCUGAGACAAGAACACGUGAGUUCGAGCAUCAACCUCAACCCAACUACAACCAGGUUCCUUCUUAACACCUUGACCUAACAUCAAACUUCUGAUUCUUGUAACAUCAUCCCACCUACCUUUGGCUGCAUAUAUGUUGGACAACAAUAUGUAAGGUGCAUCUUCAUUAGGUUCAGUCUCGAGAAGUUUCUGAGCAAUUUUUUCACCCAAUUCUACGUUUCCAUGAAUUUUACAAGCUCCAAGAACAGUUUGCCAGAUCAAGGAAUUUGGAGUGAUCUUCAUGUCCUCAAUAAAUCUCUCCAUCUCACAAAAUCUACCAGCCCGCCCUAGGAUAUCAACCAUGCAAGCAUAAUGAUCAAUUGAAGGAGUGAUUCUGUAAUUUUCAGUCAUUGCCUGGAAAUAUCUCCUUCCUUCUUCAACCAAACCCAUGUGGCUGCAGGCAGAAAGGACACCAAUAAAAGUAAUCCCAUCAGGCAGCACACCUUUGUUUAACAUUGUUUUGUAAGAUUGAAGAGCUUGUUCAUUCUGUCCGUGCUGGGAAUGUCCGCAUAUCAUUGUGUUCCACAUAACUGUAUCAACAGCAUCCAUGCUAUUGAAUAUAUUCUCCGCAUCAUCAAUGCAACCACAUUUCCCAUACAUAUCAAUGAGUGCGCUUGCCACAUAUACAUCAAAAUCCUGUCCAGACUUAAUUGCCCAGGAGUGCAACUGCUGUCCAUUUUGAAGGUUUGCGAUGCCUGAGCUAGCCUUGAGACAGCUGCCAAGAGUAAACUCAUUGGGCUUAACACCUUCUCUUUGCAUCUUAUUGAAACACUCCAAGGCCUUUUCUGCUAGAUGUUCUCUCUGAGCAUAGCCAGCAAUGAUCACAGUCCACGAAAAGGUAUCCCUUUCGUUCAAACUGUUAAAAAUAGAUUUGGCAGCAUCAAAGCAUCUGCAUUUGGAGUACAUAUCAAUCAGAACGUUUCCUAUAUAAAUAUCCCUACUAUCAAUGCCAUUUUUUAGAACAUGAGCAUGCACUUGCUUCCCAAAGCUAGCAUUUGACUGGCUAGCACAGUUCCUCAGAAUGCUUAUAAAUGUAAACUUGUUUGGUUUUAUAUUUUUCACAAGAAUACUCUUGAAAAUCAUUUGUGCUUCAUCAGAACUUUCAUUGCCAUGGAAUCCAGAUAAAAGUGCAUUCCAUGAAACCACAUCCCUUUGACUCAUAUCAGAAAACACCUGGGAACCUUCAAACACUAAUCCAAGUUUCAUGUACAUUGAAAUCAGGGCAUUGCUGACCAACGUAUCAGAAUCAAAACAAUAUUUGCAAAUGCAAGCAUGAAUGCUUCUACAAAACUCCAGAUUACCCAAGUCAGCGGCUGUGUCAAGAAUAGCAGAUAGCAAGAAUUGGUUAGGCCUCAAACCCGAACGCAUCAUCAACUGAAACAAAUCCAAGGCUUCUACUUUCUGUCCUUGCUGAUCAAGGCCAUUGAUCAUUGUACACCAAGUCGCAGGGUCAGGAUUCUUGAUCCUCCAAAAAAUAUGGAGUGCAUCAUUCACCAUCUGACAUUUGGAAUACAUAUCAACUAAACCGCAACAAACAAAAUCAUCAACCUCGCCCCCAAGCUUGAUUGCCAUUGAAUGAACAACCUGACCAGCUCUCAGAAUCUGGGAACUUGCACAUCCUUUAAGAACAGUAGAAAUGGUGUAAUUAGUAAACCGCACUUCUGACUUCAUCAUCUCACAGAACAAACUCAGGACUUUAUCUCCAUCACCCAUUUGUGCAUAGCCAUUGAGGAGUGCAUUCCAAGAUACUGAGUUUUGCUCUGGCAUGACAGACAACACAUUUUCAGCAUAUUCCAAUUCACCGCAUUUAGUGUAAAGGUCAAUUAGAGCAGAACCAACAUACACAUCCUCAAAGUCCCCUCCUUUAACCACGUCAGCGUGCAAUUGUUUUGCGAAUUCGAAAUCAGAAGCGAUGGAACAGCCCUUCAAAAUUGUGGCCAGCGUAAACUCAUUGUGCCUUAUCCCUUCCCUCCUCAUUUCACAGAAUAACUCAACACUUUCACUACCAAGACCUUCAGCUACGAACCCAGAAAUCAAUGCAGUCCAUGACACAACAUCCCUCUCAGGCAUCUCAUCAAAUGCCUUGCGCGCAAAAUUCAAAGCUCCGCAUUUUGCAUAGAAAUUAAUCAAUGAAACAAAUAAAUGAGUAUCUGGGUUAAUCCCAGUUUUUAUCAACUUCCCAUGAAUUGCUUUUCCUUCAUUCAGACACGUUUUCUCCGCACAAUCGCGAAACCUUACCGAGUACCAUUUCAGCAGCCUUUCUGUACUGAAAUUUACAAUCCCGCCAACAUCCGUCCCAGCUGUGUUGACCCCUUUAUUAACAGUUUCUAUACCAGCAUCCUCCAAAAGAGCGGUUAAGUUAGAAGAAUAUCUAAUUCUACUGAGCUUCUUGUUGGGAUCAUUUGGAGGCCGGAAUCUUGGGUUUUUCAUUUUCGUUCCUCUACCUGUAGAAACUUUUACAUUACAAGGAAUAAUACUUCCGGGCAGUAUAAUUAACCCAUCCACAAGCGGGGAACUGUAAAUUUCCAUUUCUUCCAAGUAAGAAUUGGUUCUUAUGUCUUCGAACUCUGUAGUCUGUAGUUAGUUUUUGGAAAUGAGAGCAACGGAAAGAAACGAUCUGAAUUGGAGUAGUAUAGGACAAUGAUAAGAUUUCCAGCUUCGACUUCGAGUAACGGUUUUACUGUUUACUUUUACAGGGUGAUAGAUUUCUACUGAUUUGCGAAAAUUAUCGGAGUGAGCCCUGAAUUUUUAGAAAUUAUGGACAUUCCUCUAGACUUUUGUAGAAACAUAUAAAACAUUUAAACCCAAUUUUUUUUAAAAUUAUCUCUUUUUAUACCCCAUUCAUAGAACAUUUUAACUUAAAUUGUCAAAUUUAUCUAAACCCUAAAUAAAUU